AUGAGUAAAUAGGUCUAAGUAGUUUAAAAGUUUUACCAAAUACUAUCAGCCUCUCUCCCUAAAUCAAUAAAUAAUUUAUAUGUAGAAGAUUUUGAAACUGUUAAACCUUAUAAUUUUGAAAAAAUAAAUGAUAAAUUUUUACAUGACUAUGAAUUAUACUUGAAAACUUUGAAGAAAUAAGAUGAAUUUUUGCACAUCUAUCGCAUUGGAAUAAAAAGAGAUGAAAAGGAGCAAAUUGAAAGUAUUGCCCAUAAAGUUGGUUUAUAACUUCCAAGAUUGAAUACACUCAAAAAAAACUGA